ACCACCGCCACCACCUCCACCACCACCACCACAAACCGAACGAACACCGACCAUGGACGGAAAGACAACUCGUCAUGGCUUUCAACGACCACGCCCACAGGCCUAGUGUCGACAAGGACAAGACCUUCUCUCUUUUCAGUGCGAGUCCCGCAGGUCCUGCUGCGACGCGGAGUGAAUUCGAGGAGGUCGGCAAGAUCCCACACAUCCUGCCCCACGAGCGCGUCUUUCCCAUUCAGAUCGGCUCGGAGCUCUUUAAGCUUUCCGGUGCCUCCAUUUCCAGCGAUGCGCCGUCGUACUUCUCCCAGUUCUUCCGCUCCCAGAUAGACAAGGCGCUCGAAGCCGGCGAAGACCCUUGCAGCCAUAUCCGCACCCUCUACAUCGACCGUGACCCGGCCACCUUCCACGACAUCUCCCUCCACCUCCAGGGCUACCAUGUGAAGCCGCGCGACGGCACGCACUUUGUGCGUCUCUUUGCCGACGCCCAGUUUUACAGCUUACCGCGGCUCAUCUCCCGGCUCUUCGAAGAAGACAUCUUCAUCUCCAUCGGUCACCGCGAGUUUCAGAUCCCCCGCGACCUCUUCAACGGGCCGGGGAACACGCCCAACUUCUUCUCCCUCGGCUUCGCCCUCUUCUUCUCCCGCCCGGACGACCUCUUCCCCGGCCUCGACCGCCAAGGGCUCCUCCGCCCGCCCUCCAUCGCCCCGCCGGCCGUCGACAACCGCUCGGCCGAGGUGUUCGCCGAGCUCCUCGACCUGCUGCGCGGCUACCCCGUGGCCAUCCGCGACGAGACCCACCGCGCCGCCCUCCUCCGCGACUGCCGCUACUUCAACUUCAAGGGCCUCGAGCAGCGGCUCAUCCCCCACCACAUCAGCUUCAACCAGUCGCGCGGCGGCCGCCCCGAGAUUGUGCUGCGCAUCGAGGACAUUUUCAAGAGCGGCAUCAGCGUCGCCGUCCACGACGACGACGACGCCGCCGCCCUCCACCCGGGCCUCUCGCCGCUCGGCGACGUUGCCGGCCCUUUGGUGAGCUGGGUGCAGUACGCGCGUCCGUACGUCGACGCGCGGCCGGCGGAACUGAUUCUCGAGAUUGGCGGCGAGGCCACGCGCCUGCACCACCCUCCCGGCAGCACCACUACCACCACUACUACUACUACUACUACUAAUCAUAAUAAAAGCGGCAGAAGAAGCCAAAGCCCGCGCGUCGAGUUCUUCCGCGAUGUGCGCACCCGCGUCGCCCGCCUCUUCGAGGUCCUUGCCACCAAGCUCAACCUGCCGCCCACCACGCAGCCGCUGGGCCUCCUCAUGGCGUCGGGCGGUGCGGGCAGCCAGCCGCCCACGCCGGGCCACACCCCGCUCAGCGAGGACCGGGUCCGCGCCGUGGUUGGGCCCGAUGCCCACGUCGUGCUGGACGGCAAGCCUUUCACGCCGCCGUCGCCGUCUAUGUUUGUGCCGUCGGGUAGGGACGACCUGGCCGCCGGCUACGGCAUGCGCGAAGACAGUCAAGACUCGAUGACGUCGAGGAAACGCCGGCGUCUCGACACGUAUGGGCAAGGGCAAGGGGAAGGGGAAGGGGAAGGGGAAGGGGAAGGGGCGUCGUCGGAGCCUGAUGCGGCGGCUUGGAUCGUCAAGACGGGGCAGUGGAGGUUGAUGGUCCGCGGGCCCACGGGCGGUGACAAGAUGUCGGCCGAGUGCGUCCUGGUGGCGGUUAGGCUGGAUGCCUAUUCGUCGGAGAGUACGAGGAAUGCUUCUCGGGGGUUUUUGGGGGCGCCUUGACUUGUUUGGCCUUUGGUAUGCAUGGUGUCGUUGGUCAUUUUCGUUUUGAUUUUAUUUCAUU